AUGCCGUCUAACGAGUGCACCAUGACGAUGAAAAGAGGAGGAACAAAGAGAAAGAUCGAGAUUAAGAAACGCGACACUAAACAACAACGCUCGGUGGCUUGCAGCAAACGCCGUCAAACUCUCUUCUCCAAAGCCGCUGAUCUCUGCUUUCUCUCCGGGGCCAACAUCGCCGUCUUCGUAACCUCUCCGGCAGAGAACAACGACGUUGUCUACUCCUUCUCCGGCUACUCUCCUGCCUCUGAAAUUGCUGACUGUUACCUCAACGGCAAGCCUCCGACGACUUCUAUUAACCCCCAAACCAAGCUAGGGUUUUGGUGGGAAGACCCUGAUCUCUACCGUAAUUGCGACGAUAUCUCUGAGUUAAACGUGAUCGAGGAUCGUAUGAUGAGAACGAGGAAGCAUCUGAUGGAUUGCCUUGAGAAGAAAGAAAAAACACAAUUUGUUUCCAAUUCUGAUCAUCAAAACCCUAGCUCCUCUUCUCUCGACGAAAACCCAAAGUCCUCGACUCCAUCUUCUUGUGAUGAAAUUGCUUCUUUUGAACAGAACUCUACUUUAUCCUCCUUCGAGAAGAUCUGUGGCGAGCCUUCAUCACAAGCUACUUGUUACUAUGACCAAAACCAUACCUUCGCUUUUGAAGAUCUCUACCGCGACGAUGAUGGAUUUGUUGAAUCUUUAUGGGAAACAGAGAAACAGAGGAGUGACAUAAUGAGUAUAUUCCAAGAACCAGUCCUUUAA